GUCGAAUAACAUUUGUAUUUUGUUGACAUAUGAAAACGAAUAAUAUCGAAAAUAUAUUUGUUAAUGAUUACCACUGAUCAAGAUUGGUUUUAUAAGAUAUUUUGUACCAAACACUCUCGGAACGAUGAAUCUCAAUGAAGAUUUCUUGGAAGAAGAAGAUUAUUUCUAUGUUGGACUUGAUCGGCUCCGCUUCAUCUGCUGUCGUUGCUGUUCACGCUAUACGCCGUUUCUUUUCCAUCUACCUCCAAGCGAGGAUCUUGCAAAUUUUGCGGGUGGACUCCAGAAAGAUCAACUGACGUUCUGCCCUGGGUGCCUGCCACAAGCAAAACAGUUAUUAAACUUUUAUUCAGUAGCAGAUGAGAGCGCCGUACUCAACUUUCGUCUUAUCGAGCUAAUGAAAGGAUUUGAGUAUUCAAAUCCUUACUUUCGCAAAUAUGCACGACUACCGCGGUUGUUAAUAACGAUCGAUUCUAAUGCAAAUUCGGUUAAUUUUAAUGACCUUGAAUGUUUAGAACCAUCCUUAAGAUUAGAAAAACUGCAACACCUACUCCCUCAAAUUCACCGUACCGAUAACAUGAAAUAUUCGGGAUUACAAGAAAUAUUGGAUGUGCUUACUGUUAAAAGCAGAGAAAUUCGAGACUUCUACAAUGAACAAAAAAUAGUACCGGCAUCUACAUCCACCAUUCAGAAUACAAUCUGUACCUAUUCUAAUGAUGCAACUCAGGACAUGGAAGAGAGCAGCAAGCACUCUGAAUCUCAAAAUAAUAAUGAAUCAACACAAGUACUUGAACCCGGCCCGACAUCAUAUAUCGCAGCGGAUUCACGUUUCAAAUUAACCGUCCUCAGUUCGGAUGCGACGCACGUUUGCGAUAUUUGUUUGUUGUCUGAGAAAAACAGUUUAAAGUACGGCGAGUUUAUAGAAAAGCAACAGCAAAAACGAACACUCCGAUGUCAUUAUUUUUGUCUUCUAUCCGGUACAUAUAUAUCCCAGAAAGGAGGGGAUAAAGCAGGAAUUCUCGGCUUUCUACUGAAAGACAUUAACGAUUCAUUCAAAAUGUAUCGUGAUAAGAUUUGCAGUUAUUGCAACUGUCGCUCAGCUGCCAUCAAAUGCUGUGAAACAAAUUGCGAACGUUGGUUUCACUAUAUAUGCGGAUACAAAAACAAUUGCUUGACGCAGUUCGUGGGAGCCUUCGUUUCAUACUGCCAUGAACAUCAUCCUGUUCGUCACGAUGAACCACACGAAGAAGAUGAUUUGUGCUGGAUUUGCUGGGAAGCGAUGGAUAUUGAUAAUCCUAUAUCGAGUAUUCGGUCGAUUUGUGAACCAAACAGUAAAGAAGCCUCACAACCCGAUAUUGCGUGGUAUCAUCGAGAGUGUUUACAGCGGUUCGCAUUUGAGGCUGGUUAUUACUUCAAGUGUCCCAACUGUUUCGACAAGAGCUUCGCGGACCAUGCGAGACUGCACGGAGUUUUUGUGCCAUUGCGCGACGCAAGUUGGGAGUUAGAGCAGGGUGCCUUCAAGAAUAUUCACAAACGCAACUGCACUGCUGAAGAUUGCAAAUUGGCAAAUGCUAGAAUUGGUCGAAAACGUACCCAACUGGUGGGAUGUAAGGCAUGCGGUGGGGGAACUAUGCACAUGGAAUGCGCCGGGGUGGACGACCCGAAUGAAUUUAUAUGCGCGGAAUGUAUGGAUGCUACGUUCAUUAAACUGUUUUAGUUGAACGAUCUUGUUAUUGAAUUCAUUAUGAAACAAAAGGGGAAACCCUCAGAGAAAAACUCCUUCAGAAACAUCAGUUUUAAUAUGACAGAGACAAAGCAACCUAAGGCUAAAAACCUCUUCGAUAAAAAAAAGAAUUCGCCCAGCUCAAUAGACCAAGUAUUCACUGGUUGCCGUUGACAACCAAUGUUUUUGUUAAAUCAAAUUUUUCGCCCUGUUAUACCCAAUAAAAGAAAAUCGAGGAAAGUAUGGCUGAUUUAGAUUACCCUG